ACUUUAAACUUGUGUACUGUGUAGUUGUACCUAACGCCUGUAACUUAAUUUGUUAAUUUAUUAAUUAUAUAGGUAGAUAUUUUUAUCAUUACAGAAUUGAUAUUUUUUUAGAAAUAUUUAUAUACUUACUGUUGUUUCAUAUAAUAUAAACGGGAACUAUGGGUGAAGUAACGUUUACAACUAGUGCUUAUGCAAAAAUGAUUCUACACGCAGCCAAAUAUCCGCACUGUGCUAUUAACGGCAUCCUCCUCGCGGAUGGUAGAACCGUUAAAGAUGAUGCUAAAAACCCAGACCUUGAUAUUGUGGAUGCUAUGCCUUUAUUCCACCAUAGUCAUAACUUAACACCAAUGGCUGAAGUUGCUCUAACACAGAUAGAUAACAUGGCUCAGACAGAUAAUCGUAUAAUAGUAGGCUAUUAUGCUGCUUGUGAAAACUAUAAUGACAGCAGUGUAGAGAAGUGUCCAAGUCCAAAAAUUGCUGAGAAAAUAGUGGAAUACUUCCCAUCUGCACUUUUUGCUGUGAUUGAAAAUAAAAAGUUAGCUAAAAAUAUGACAUCACCAGCCUUAAAAAUUCACCGAUUUAAUGAUGGAAAGUGGAAACUUCAAGAAACUACUAAAUUAUUGUUCCCUCCCCCUCUACAGCAAUCUGAAGUUUUAGAGUUAGUGUCACAUCUACUCCAGUGGGAAGCAUCUAAGGAUUUGGUUGAUUUUGACAAUUAUCUAGAUGAUAUGUCACAAGAUUGGAGCAAUGUUGGUAUUGAAAAGGUGGUAGAGAAGGUUACAGAAAAAUUUGAAGCUUAACAACCUAAUUGUUUUAGUCAAAUUUGGCUUCUAUAGAGCAUUUUUUUCACUACUAGUACACUACUUUUGAAGAAAAGUUUCUUAAUAACUAAAUUGAGUUCUUGUUCAACUGUGUGGACACUGGGUUAUUGGGAUUCAUUAUAAUAUUAAAUUAUUACCUGGUUUCAAGUAUAGUGUAAAUUGUAGGGUUGAUAUUUUGUUGUUAUUUUUUGUUUCUAUAUAAUGAGGCAAUUUAUGUAUAGUUAUGAUCACCAUUAUACAUUAAUUUUUUAAUAUAAAUAU